AUGGUGCGUCCUUUGCUGAUGGGCUGUGCAGAAGUAACAGAAGCUAGCGCAGAGGGAAGCCAUUCUAAGCUAUCUUAUCAUAAGGUUGCAGCUUCGCGUGAUGAGAUAGAUGCUGAAGAUGAUAACAAACCGCCGGUUGAGGAAAAAGUGGAGGGGGACAUCACUAAACUUACAGGAAGGAAGAGGAAAUUGUUUGAGUUAAGGCCUACGAUGAAUAAGGCGAGGAAGGCUAAUCAAACUGCAAUGGCCCACCCAGACUGCAGGAACGCUUCGAAUCCAUACCAUGGAUGCAGUGCAUAUUGCUUCAGAAUCAUCACUGAGGCCAAAGCUCGUGAUAGGAGAGAUUCGGAAGUAUCAGAAGCUAGUGCAGAGAGCAGCCAUUCUAAGCUACCUUAUCAUGAGGUUGGAGCUUCGCGUGAUGAGAUAGAUGAUGCUGAAGAGCCUGCUGACGAUGAUAACAAACCGCCGGUGCAGGAAAAUGUGGAGGGGCACAUCACUAAACUUACAGGAAGGAAGAAGAAAUUGUUUGAGUUAAGGCCUAAGAUGAAUGAGGCAAGGAAGGCUAAUCAAACUACAAUGGCGGCUGAAAAUAAAAAGUUGGAAGCUCCAACUGAGUUGAGGGGUAUCUCUAAGCAAAAGUGGCUAGACGAUAGGAAGAAAAAUAUUGGGAAACUUCUUGAUGCUAGUGGUCUUGAUGUGUCAAAGGCAUAUACACUAGAUACACAGGAGAUGGCCGCGACUAAAUAUAUGAAUGGGAAAAGGAUCCUGCUCCUUACGGUUGGGUUGGUACGUAUUCAAUUUGCUGAUGAACCUGUCUUCAACCAGAAGAUUCCUUAUUGCAUUCAAGAAGCGCACGAAGAAUAUAGAUAUUGACUUAGACGAAUAUAACAAAAUGAAAGAAGCUGAUCCCAAGUCUUCAAUAUGGCAAGGUAAAUCAAGGAUACUUUUUCCCCGCCGCUGGUUAUAUGC